AUGGCCCCGCACAAGCUGGAGGGCCCCACCGACGCGCUCUUCCUGUCGCCCGACCAGGGCGGCUGCUGGCACAAGGUGGCGCUUCCAGAGGCGAUGAGCGUGGAGAACAUCAGGGUGGACCCCAAGGGAGGCGGCCACGUGUUCCUGGUGCACGGCCAGGCGUGCAUGCGCAGCCAGACGCGCCCGCAGUGCGGGUUCACCGGCGGCGGCACCCCCCCCGCCAAGAUGUUCAUGAUUGACGUCAAAGACCUGCUGCAGGGAGACUGGCGGGACUGCAACGCCGACGCCGGAUCUGCCGACUAUGAGCAGUGGCUGGUGCCCAAGGCGGAUACCUGCCUGCUGGGUGCUCAGUACACCAUGUCCCGCCGCCGCCGCGACGCCGCCUGCUUCAACACCCCCUCCUACACCCUCAACAUCACGCGCCGCGCGCCGUGCAACUGCACGCUGGCAGACACAGAGUGCGAGUACGGCUUCCAGCGCAAUGGCACCCUCUGCUCCAAGAUGCCAGACCUGGGCGAGGGGGCGUGCGUGUCCAUGCGCAACAGCGGCUACGCCAUGUCAGCAACCAACCGCCGCCUGGUGCACGGCGACCAGUGCGGCGAGGUGGCGGCCGUCAUCCCUGACACAGACGGCAAGGGACACCCGGUGCACGGCGGCGGCGGAGGCGGCGGCGGCGGCGCCGGCGGGGGCGAGGGCGGCGGCGGCAGCAGCGGCGUCAAGAAGUUCUUCCUGUUUGUGCUGGUGACGGGCAUCCUGGUGACGGUGGCGGGCGUGGUGUGGGCGCACUGCCUGCCCGAGGGCCUGCGCGAGAGCCUGGGCGACCGGCUGGCGCCGGUGCUGGGCGCGGUCGCCGUCGUGCUGGAGCUGCUGCUGGAUAAGGUCAUCGCCGCCUGGGACUGGGCCCGCGCCCGCUUCUCGGGCGCCUCCCAGCGCAGCGCCGCAGAGGCCGCUUACUUUGAGCCGCUGGCAGAGGUGGACCCGGAAGACCACCGCAGCCCGCCGCUCUUCCCGGGACGAUGAGGCGGGGCGCGGCGAGGCCGCAGCCGCGGCGGGCGCGCUCGGCGUCCUCGGCGCCCUCGGCACAGCUCCGCCGCAGCAAGCCUCGGCGCCUGCUAGGGCUUGGCGCCAGGCGGGCCCGGCGAGCUCGGGUGCAUGGCGUGGCCUGCUCCCCUGCGGGCCCUCUCCCGCCCCCUGUACCCUCUGUGUAUCAGUUUCCGCGACAUCUGUUUCUUGCAUGUAUGUACUCAGCUGAACUCUGGUGUGUUGCUCCGCUGCGUGUGCAACAGAGAGGAACC